GCGUGGUCAAGAUCUUAUUUCAGACGAACUGCGAAUGGGCUGAUGGUUUGUGUGUAGUAGGAAGCCCAUUGGUGGAAACUAGCUUGUUCUAACACUUGUGGACGCAGUGGUUGACUCGUAGAUUUUCCAUCACUUUAGUACUCGGUGCCGACAUUAACACAUCAAUGAUGACGCAGCUGGUAUGGCAGCCUCUCUUGGAUGCUCUUGGAAGUCACCAAUUCAAGGCGUCGAACAAAAGAUCCGAUCGAAGAAACGUCAUGAUUAUGCAACUCGAUUGAGGAGAUACUAUUAGGAGAGGGUGACAGCCCAUAAAAGCUGCAGCGACUUCCCAGCUUCCACCAUCCCAAAAAAAUGCCCGACAUCACUGUAAUCAACGAUAUCGAUGAAAACAUCCACGUUGCUUUCUUCGUAGGGGUCCCUACCAAUUGGAAAAAUAACCUCAAGCCUGGAGAACGUUGGACAACACACCUGGCCAGCCUCCCGCUGCACUUUGAAGUGCGUUGGGCGCAUCGGAUUGAUUUUGAUACAGGGAACAUUUGGUGUAGUCAGGAAUUCAGCCAUAAUGACUCUAUGGAGAUGUUUGCAACCAUAGGAGGCGCUUGCGCUGCUGGUACUGCCUCGGUAGUUUCAGCAGGUGGCCUACUUGCUUGCGAUAUGGUUGUGGGCAUCCCCAUAAUCUCAGGGCCACUCAUGGCCGUUGCGAACGCUGGUGGUGCAAAAUAUGGUGAUUGGCGUGCUGAUGUGAGGCUCUGCACCGCAAGAGUGUGGGUACCAUUUUGGAACAAGCAGUAUUCGGUCAGGAUGGUUGAAGGCAGGGGUUGUGUUCUGUGGGAUGUUGAUGACAAUGCGAUGGUCUGAUGAACUUGUCGCUCUACUCAAUAACGCCUUUGAUUGCGAGUCUUCUAUAGCCCCUGGAAUUGAAUGCAUGAAAGGGCUGAUGUAUGACGGCUGAGUCGUGCAAGCCUGAUCGAUAGAUA